AUGUCACCUCCAUCAUAUGCCCGGGCCACCGCCUCAUCUGCAUCCAAACGAAGCCCAAAGGCAGCAAAAGCCACCAAGGACGCAGAGCCAGUACACAGCACACCACGCUUCCUCCCAAAAACACCAGAAAGAACUCCAAGGAAAAGCACAAAACCCGCCGAGCCCAAAAAUGCCACGCCAACUACCCAGGAAACGAAGAACAAAAAGACACUCAAACGCCCAUCCCUACUAACACCCCACCAAAAAGACUCCAUGACCUACAAACGCGACCUCUACCACAUCACGCCCAAGGACGCUUCCAAGCCCUGUCCCCUGGCGACGCUCCCCUCGGAGCUCCGUACGUUAAUCUACACCUACGUGCUGCCAGCCACGCACUCCAUCAGCGACUCGUGGGCGCGCAUCACAAAAUACAAACAGCACGUAGCGCCCGCGCUGCUGCACACGAGCCGCGCGAUAAGAAUCGAAGCGGCAUACACAUGCUACACGCGAACACGGUUCCAGUUCAGCGUGCGCAACCUGGAUUUCGGCGCCGCCCUGCGGUGGCUCGAGCAGCUCCCGGCGGCGCACCGCGCGCUGCUGGCGCGCAACCCCGGGCUGCAAGUCAAUGUGCUGCCGACGGUCAAGAGCACGUAUACGUAUCCGCCCAAAGGCUGGCUGCUGGACAACUACCUGGAGCAGCACUGGCGCGCGUGCCAGCCCUACGGCAACAUUUACACGGUUGCGAGCGGCGACGCGCACAAGCUGCAUUUCCUGCUGUUCUGCCGCCUGGCAGAGUGGUGGCGCUGGAGGGCCCGUCCGCCCAACAGAGAUAUCAAAGUCGAGUAUGCGUUUCAGCAGAGUCCGUAUGCGAAUCCCUGGGGCAUCCCGGAUAGCUUUGAGGAGGAGGCUGUGCGCAUUUUGCUGAGCGAACAUGGGCUCGUGGUCGGCAUGCCGUGUGUGGAUCGCGCGUGGGAGAGGAAUCGCAGUGUGGCGAGGCUUAUCAAGAGCGAGGCUCGCGCCUUCUUUGAGGCCCUGGAUCACUGGUAUUAUGCGAGGAAGGGGAGGGACGAGCGUGACGAGGCGUGGGACGGGUGGAUGAAAGAGGCGAACAAGGCUUUGGAUAAGUGGUAG